GUACAAGAUGGCGGAUAGAGAUUUUGGAAAAUGAUGUAAAUGAGUGAACGGAUAAAUGCAGAAAAAUGAGUGUUCAUGUAAUCAACAUGCCGAUACUUUCAUCAAAACUGCACGACCUUGAAUUUAAACCUCUGGUGGUCGAUAUUGCCGACGGGGACGAUCCGAAUCAAGUUGUAAAACCCGACAUAGAAGACGAUCAGAAGCGAUGGCUUGUUAUUGGAAUAUGUCUACACAGCAUCAUAUCUCCCGCCUUAAGACAGUACAUUCCUCCCGUUGUGAGCAAAUUGUACAGCACUUUGAAACGCACAGACCAGGUCGACAAACAGACAUACGCCAACUAUUUAAUACGAUAUAAACCUACAAACAAAGAGCUAAACUACGAGGCAAUUAACAACAACAGUGCUAUACCAAAGGUGAAAGGGAAGAAAGAUGUACAGAAAUACAACUACAAUGUAACUAGCGAUGCGGACCUAACGAAGCUGUUCAUGAUAACCAGUAUGGCCCACUAUACCGGGUUUGAUGAUACGUGUGACUCGUCAGCUCUCCUAGGGAUUGUCAUCAACAUAGAUACGUUUCCACCGAUAGUAAAGUCAGUUGCAGAGAAGGUGCGGACUGAUAUUCGGAAUGACUGGGCUCAUUGUAACUUUUCUGAGUGGGAUUCCAUGAAGUACCAGACAUCGUUCCAGUUGAUGCACCAAUUUAUUAGGAAUUUGCAACUUCCUGUCCAGGAUGAAGCAUAUGCACUCGGACAGUUGACUCAUUGGCAAACAAAUGGGAUAAAGUUUCUACAUGGGACAACACUCGGAACUGAGCUCGUGCGAGAGCUAAGAAAAGAAACAAAAGCUAUUAGUAAGUACCUUCUAGAUGCUACUUCGCAUAUCGAUGAGGGUUUUGAGAAAACGAAAGAUGCUCUAAAUAAUGUACAACAAGCUUUAAAUAAGUCAGACAAACAUAUUCAGACGAUAAAGGAAAAUGUUGAAGACAUCGAAGUAAGCGUUGAAUCAAUCAAAAAUAAACACGAAGAGCUUGAAAAAAGAUUAGACCAACAAGCAGAUCACAUUAAUUUGGAUUUCCGAAAUGUCAAAGAUGACGUCUCAUCAACACAACUUCAAGUUACAAGCCUCGAACAUAGUUUACAGAAAGCACAGAAAAACAUAUCAAAAACCUGGGAUAAUGUAGAAGAUGUACGGUUGUGUGUUGCAGAAAGCAAAACUGAAAUUAAAGAGAUAAAAUCAGAAGUUAAAAAUAUUCAAUCCCAACUUGGCAGUACAAAGUCGGAACUCACAAAGGCAAAAAGCCAUAUGAAUGAUGUAAGUAUGGACAUUAAAACAUGUACAACUGAACAAGAGAAUAUUAAAGUGGACUUGCAAGGUACAAGAACGGACGUUGCCACUAACAAACUCGAUAUAGAUGACAUUAAAAUAUAUCUAUCAACAUCAAGACCUGUUGAUAAAGUUUUUUUCUACCCUCCAAAUAAAAUUUCUACAUUCGUAGGAAGAACAGAAGAGUUAGAGCAAAUUAAGCAAGAGUUUUUUAAAAGGAGCAACGACUGUCAUAUGCAAGUAGUAUGUGGAUUAGGUGGCAUUGGAAAGACAACUCUGUCUGUUGAAUAUGCUUGGAAUUUUCAGACAUAUUAUCCUGGUGGCGUAUUCUGGAUGUCAGCAGAAACAAAUGACGCCCUGGAAGAUUCUUUACACAAGAUAGCCCUUGACACCUACAAUGUCGGAAAUGAUGCUAAGGAAUCAAUGCGGAAAACUAUUUCGUGGAUGUCUAAACUACAGCAAAGAUGGCUUCUUGUAAUAGAUAAUUUAGAUAUGGAGGAAAUCAGAGGAAAUGUCAAAGAAUUGGUGCUAGGGACAUGGAGACACCAUUCCAGAGGCCAUAUUAUCAUUUCAUCAAGAAGAGAGGCAACAAAUGCUGAGGAAGAAUUCCAUGUAAAAAUGAAAGACUGCAUAACAUUAAGUGUAUUGACUACGCAUGAGAGUUUAAAGUUUAUGGCGGCACGCACUGGUAUAAAAGAAGUAAAUGACGAAAGUGCUUUAUGUUUAGUAGAAGAACUAGGUUGCUUACCACUUGCAUUGGAACAAGCUGCUGCUCAUAUCAAGGCAUUAUCAUGUACAUAUAAAGAAUACCUUGACAAAUUCAUGCAACUGAGAUUACAAUUGCUCAAGAAUAGUAGACCUCUUUUUGAUAUAUCGAAGGAGAGAGAAACAAUACGCACAACAUGGCAAUUAAAUUUUGAUUACAUUUCAAAACAGUCAGAGAGCGAAGGAUUUGGUACAGCGGCCGUCACUUUGAUGGAAAUAUCAGCAUUUAUGUACGCUGAUGAAAUACCUCUGUGUAUAAUAAAUACUGGGUCACCAAACAUAUGUGAGGAUCAUUUACUGCGGUGUCUACAAUAUGAACUUGGGAAAAAGCAAAUGGGAGAAAUUCUUACACGAUUUUCGCUCUUUCGGAGAAAUGAUGACGAUUUCACAUUAAGCAUACAUCGUUCAGUACAAGAAGUUCUGAGGGAGAAGCUAGAAAGUUCCGAGAGAAAAGCCAUUAUCUUCCAGUGUGCAACCCGAAUGAUCAAUAAAGCACUUGACGAGACAUGGUCACCGAAUGAUGCAAUAAAAGAAGAAAACGUAGGCAAAGCUUCUUUACGAAUGUGGAGUACGUUGGCUCUUCAUGCUAAUACAUUGAGGAAGUUCAUGGUGGAAUUUACAAAACAGAACCCAAAUCAUCAGAGCAUUUGCUUUAACACUGAAACUACAAAACUGUUACAAGCAAGUGCGAUAUACCACAGUCUAUUCCAACGACAAGAUGAGGCCCUGGCAUGUCAAAAUCAAAUGUUAUGUAUCAUACCAGCAGUUGAUAUUUCAGAAGGUUCUUUUAGUGCACUAACGUGUGUAAAGAUUCCACUUUUGAACAGGGACAGGCUUAUAAUACAGAGCAGCAUAUCAGAGACGUUGAGUCAACCUUCUUCAAUUGGCAACAGUUCAAGCAUCAGUACCCUGCAAGAUUCAGAAAUACUACGAAAACAAGGAAAUGCAUCUUUUAAAGCUAUGAAAUACCAAGAUGCCAUACAAUAUUACUCACAAGCAAUCAGGCAGAAUCCUGAUAAUGUAGAUCCAAGGCUUUACUCAAACAGGAGCCUAGCUUUUUUGAAAAUAAACAAUUAUGAAAAUGCAUUAUAUGAUGCUAACAAGUGUCUUGAGUUUGAGUCAAUGUCGUGGAAAGCAUAUUGUUGGAAGGCUCUUGCAAUUGCUGGCCUGAUACGCACUGGUGUCAUAUCAAGAUCUUGGAAAUUGAUUGGCAUGGCGGCUGCCGCAUUGUCUGUGUAUAAAAAUGCGGAAUGUUUUUAUCACGCUGAAAUGCGAGUUGAGUAUCCUUUUAUUAUGCAUCAUAUCGUUGGAAAGGAAAAUGAAUUUCAACAGUUAAUAAAUUCUCCAGUUGAUCUUUCGAGCGUCAUCUUAUUAUUGCGGAAAGGUGUAUACACUAUAAAGGAAAGCGCUAUUUCAAAGAGCGUUCGAAUAAUUGGAAUAGAAAAAGAUGUAGAAGUUGUGAGUCCUCUCAUCUUAUCCAUGGGCGAUUAUUUCUUCAUUACUGGCGCAUUGUACGGAAGAAAACAGAUAAUCGAUGCAUAUUUUGAAAAUAUUUCAUUCCCAGAAGAAAGUGGACACAUAUCAAUAGGAUAUGGUGCGAAUACAGUUUUUCAUAAGUGUUACUUCAAGAAUGGAAUAAAAGGGUGCGACGACUUUCCACAUUGUAAAGGGGGUAAAGGGUGCGCUAAUACUGAUAGAAAUUUAUGUAAAGUUUCCAGUGAAAGUGAAAGUGAACAAGAAUACUUUGGUUUUGUCGGAUCUGGAAAACCUGGUUUUGCUGGCGUAAUAGUGCAUAGCGGAGGUAAAGCGUUUCUUGACAAAUGUGAAUUAAACAGAUGUGGCGGUGGAGGUACUUUAUCUGAUGGAGAAGGAUCUGUUUUGGAAAUACGACAUAGCGUUGUAUGCAAUAUGAGGCAAAUGGGCAUUGAAGCGAGAAAUGGAGGUUCCGCAGCUGUUAUCAAGUGUGAUAUUGUAGAUAAUCAGAUGCAUGGUGUAAAUAUUGGGCCAAAGGGAAAUGGUAUUGUUUGGAAUUGUCAGAUACGAGGCAACGGAAAAGAAGGGAUAUGGUCUGGAAGAAUAUUAGAACUCGGACAACAACGUUUAGAUGGUAUUUCAAAAUGCAUCAUUGAAGAAAACUUGAUAUAUCAAAAUGGCAUGUCAGGAUUGUCCUUAGAAGGAGGCUCAUACAGUAUCAGCAAAAACAGAAUAUUUGACAACUGGCUUUGGGGAAUGAUGAUUAAAUCGCGAUCUACAGCUUAUAUAUCCAAUAACGACAUUUUCGAGAACAAAUGUGGUGGAAUAAGAAUAGGCAUAAAUUUUUCCGCUACAGUGACAAUGGAUGGAAAUACAAUUAGGGACCAUACCGGGCCAGGUAUUCACAUCGAAAAAUCGUUUGAUACAAUAGUGACAAAAGCAAUACAAAAAGACAUGGCUGAAGCAGUUGAAUGCAUAAAAGACGAAAUAACAGUUUACACUAUACCACCUAUUAUGACUACAAGAAACAUACUUAGUAACAAUGAUAGAGGAAUAAGAACGCAACGUCCACAGUAUACACAAAGUCUCAUAGAAACGUGUUGUUAUUGUCGUAUCACAUCAGAUGAGCUGAAAAAAUGUUCAAAAUGCAAAAAAGCAGCCUACUGUUCUCGGGAAUGUCAAAAGAAUCAUUGGGAACGUCACAGACAUCUUUGUAAAUUACUGCGUCAAACGUUUACAGUAGAGAUGAAAAUAUCGGAAGUACAGACUAUUUAUCAGCACAGCGGUUUUUCUGAUAAUAUGACGUUUCUUAAGUCAACCACUGUUCCCUUGCCUGAUUUAGGCAAAGGAACACCACCAGAUGUAUUCAGUAAUAAAAUGUUUAUCGUCAAAAUACAGUUACAGAAGGAAUACACAGGCUACAACCCGAACUUAUUACUUAGAGUUUAUGAUCAAACACAGUCACUAGACAUUGUAUUUACAAAUCCACAUUUAUACCACUUAGUUGUUGAGUGCGGAGUCUUGGCGGGAACACAACUGACGAUAAAGAAACUUUAUUGUUUCGCCUCAUACAAAAACAGAGGCAAAAGUAUAUGCUUUCACACAGAAACGCUGCCACCAUUUCAACAUAGAUGGUAAAAUAGAAACAACAAGAAUUGAGGAAGUAUCAAAGUGGCAUGUGCACUAAACAGUGAAGUUUGUCUGUAAUUUUGUGCGGCACCAUCUUAUCCUUUCUGCUGGAUACCAUUAAGCGAUGAGACAUGAACAAGUGCACUUACCUCAUUCUGGAUAUUUGAAUGACGAUAUAUUUUAUCCGCAAAAGCGUGCGUUUUAGAUGUCUCCUCAUAAAUGAGACAUAUAUCACUGUUGAGUAAUUAGACUGGUAGCGAUCUGUUUGGAUAUGAUCAAUAUGGCUCAAGCAAAAUAAAAAAAAGACAAAAACAUCUCGUAAAUUUUGCUGAGUUCUGCGUUAAACACAUGUUUUUACAUCAAAAUUUAUUGCUAUCACUAGUUCCAUUUUAACAUAUAGAACGAUGAAACCAGUCUUAUUUCUGAAGUUAUUACAUGAUAAAAACGCGCAGAUUAUGAUAAUCAAAAAGCAAACACGAAACUUUUUAAAUGAUAUUUUAAAACAUUUUCCAGUUGUAUCAUCAGGAAAAACGGACAAGAAAGAAGAAAUAUUUUCAAAUACUUACCAGGAAGUUUAGUAUUUCUAAGAAAAAGUCAGACACGUGUGUCAAAUGUGUAUAACAUCAUUUAUUUUCAAAUAAAUAUCUUUAUGGCGGCACGACAAAACCUUAGGAAUUGUCCGGAAUUGGGGCGGCUAACUUAGCUACUGUAACGAAGUGUUUAUAUCAUGGUUCACUAAUUUAUACUAAACUGAUUCGCUGUUAUUAUCAAAAGACAAAUUUCAAAGAAAAAAUACGCAUCACAAAACUGCAGAAGGUUGUUAUUGAUUGUUUUCAACAAUUUACAAUUUCUUUCUGAUUAUAUUCAUAUAUUAGACUAUAAUCUUUCCGACAGACGUCGUAUAUCGGUGAUAUUUUAUCCCAAAAUGUUUCGUACCGAACGCCAAAUAGUGUUUUGGAGGAAAAUGGUCAGUAGAUCUAAUUGGAUAUACGUGUUUUAACGUUUUGCGAGCAGAAUGGAUACACUAAUUCUUGGGACUUCACAUGUUAACAGACUUCGAUCUUAUUUUUAUCAGUGACAUGGCUCAAGCUACCCGAUGAAUUUACAUCCAGUCGCAACAGUGCGUUUUUUUAUUAUCAGGUGGACAUAUUACGGAUAGUGUUCAUGUUUGUCAGUGGGAAAACGCUAUUUCAAGAAGUCGGCCUGAACUGUUAAUAUUGCAUGUAGGUGGAAACGAUUUAGACAGUCGGCAAAUUGAUAUGAUUACGAUUGACAUGUUAAUCAUGCAAAUUAUUUAGUUGGCAAGUAUGUGGCGCAUACGAUAUGACAUACGCAUGACAUUAUUAUACAGAUACUUCCUCGGCCAAAUCCUCGGUACGCUCUCUCAAAAUUUUACCGGCAAAGUGUUGUCGUGGCAAACCAGAUCCUCAAGACAGAAUGUUCACAUAUUAAUGGGAUUGCAUACUGGAAAGUUCGUGGGGUGAAAGCGUGUGAUGUUGACAUAUACGCUGAUGGGGUACAUUUCAACGAUAUGGGACUGUUACGUUAUUUUAGAAGUAUCAGAGGAGCUUUGAUUAGUUCCCACAUUAGUUAAUUUCUGCUAAAAAUGUAUGCAUUUCACGGUGUGAAUUUGUUUUUGAUGUGCAGGAUUUUGGAAUUCAUUCAACACGUGUGCUAUUCAAAUCAGGAAGAGUUUUCAUAUUUACUCAAUUGAUUUUUGUCGGUCGGCCUGCAUCAUCGACUUGUUUUACGAGGAGCUCAGAUAUACAUUCGACAACAUUGAUCUUGUACUUUUGUCGAGUGGAAAGUUUUGAUAUUACAUUCUAACAACACCAUAUUGUGUAUAGUGUUGGUGCUUUUAUUUGUAGGGUUGACAUACAUGACAUAUGUUGCAUUUUUGAAUAUAACACGUAGGGUGAAAGCACUUGAUGUGUUUUGUGUGUAUAGUUCCCAUUUUACAUACCCCUUUCAGGGCCUCACUUCGUGUGAGUCUGCUUAUUAAAUAUAAAUUUGAAUUAUGUAAAGUUUUCAGCAAACGUUUAGCUUUAUUUUGAUACCAACCAUUGAUAACAAUUUGCAGAAAUAAAGAAAUUACAGGUAAAAAAAUCCUCAAUCCUUUUCUGUCCGGGUUUAUCAUCAGUACCAGUACAGUCAAUAUUUUUGUUUCAUUUUCAUAGUGUCAAUUUUAAUUGAAUUACCGAGUAAUGUGGUUACAAAUUUAUUUAGGCUAUGGCCAGGUGUUGCUUGUUUAAGCUAUUGGUGACUGUUUAAAUGCCAUAGUCAUGACCUUAUUGCUAAGGUCAAAUACAUAUUUCAUGCCUUAUCUUAAGGCGGUUAAUCAUGUAUAAGAAUAGGGCAAUGAGUUGUAAUUUAGAAAUAUUUUUGUUUUAUUUACAUUGUGUCAAUUUUAAUUUGCAUUAUCAGGUAUUGUAGAUAGUAAUGUAUUGAAGGCUAGGGACAGUUGUUGCUUGUUUAAGCUGUUGGUGGCUGUUGAACUGCCAUAGUUGUGACUUUAUUGGUAAGGUCAGGUUCAUAAUUCACGUCUUAGUUUAUAAAUGUCAUUGAUUAUUGCUAAGGUGGUUAAUUAUGCCUUAACUCUAGGGUAAUAAAUACUGUACUUAUUAACUUAAGGUGGUUUAUUAAUGUCAUUAUUUAUUGCUAAGGUGGUUAUUUAUUGCUUAAUUCUAAGGUAAUAAAUACUGUAAUUAUACAGUAUGUAGGAUGACACUGCUUGUUUGGUUUAUUGCUUGCGCAAUAUGUUGCAGUUUUUCCGCCCUAACAUUUGAUUUCAUUAAAAUUUUGCUUAGUUUAGCAAUUACAAAAUGCUAGUUGUAUUGUGUAAUUAGCAUUAUGUUAUGAAGUAACAUAAAGAUUUGUCAUUUAUUAUUAAAUGGCUUUAUUCAUUCACAUCCGUGUUGUUACUUUCUCGCAAAUCAAACGUAGAAAAACUUCCAAUGAACCAAGUGUCAGACAUAGAACAUUAUUUAUUUUCAAAUAAAUACCUUUAUGGCGGCAGGACAAAACCGGAAUUAGGGCGGCUAACUUAGCUAUUGUAACGAAGUGUUUUGAUCAUGAAUCACUAAUUAAUGCUAAACUGAUUCGCCAUUAUCAUCAGAAGACAAAUUUCAAGGAAAAAAUACGCAUCACAAAACCCGCCCUUCCCACCCUUAUUUUAAUAACAAUUUCUGAUUAUUUUUGCAUAACUUUCAUGUACUAGUGUUGGCCCAACAUUUUAAGUCAUUGAAAUGUUUGCGUACAUUUUGCAAUUUUAAAAGGUUAGUUGAGUCAACAUUUGAUUUCAGUAGAUCUUGGCUUUUUAGCAAUUUUAAAGUGCCAGUUUCUGUUACUGAUCCGUUGGUAUAGGCCUAAAAUUUUCAUGGUUCUUACAUUGUGUAAUUAGCAUUUAUGUUCCAUUGUUUGAAGUUUUACGUUUGUAUAUGUAAUGGUUCCGACAACAACUGAAUUCAUACUCUCAAACCAAAAUACACCCACAGUUAUAUCCAUUGCUAUUUUUUAGGAUAAUAAGAAGUGGCUUUUAGUGGAAUCGCGAUAGAGGAAUGGCAUGACAGGAAAAUAAGUAAACAUAUCGUAACAUAAAACAUCUAAGCUAAAUGGAGAACUGUGUAUAAAUGAUUCGAGAAUUAGAGUUAUAAAUCAGUUUUUUUAACAUUACGCUAAAGUUUAGUGUUCAUUUGUCUACUGCAAUUGUGGUUUGCUUUACCUCGAAUAUUUGAAGAAUAAGAAGUCUGUUACACUCACCCAUUUGUCCGCUUUGGCGUCAUGUUGUAUGUAAGCAGUCGAUUUAUUGAUGCUUCACACAAUUGUUACCGUGAUAACUUGACAUGCACUGCUUUUGUUUCAUAACCCGGUUUGCUUUCCACAGACUUGUUCUCCUCUUUCGGCUGGGAAUUUUUAACAUUUUAAUGCAGGACUAUGUGACAACUAGCAGGAAUGAAUUGAAACUUCACACGCUUGUUUAUGCUAUGAUUUGACAUGCAGUGGUCAAGGUUCAAAACUAUUGUUUUACUCCUUUUCCCACUUUGCAUUUUUGUAACGUUUUUGUUCUUGGUAUUCACUUUUAGGAGUGGAUUGAAACUUCACACACGUCUUCACGCUGAUGAUACGGCAUGCACUGCAUUGGUUCCAUAGAUCUAUUUUGCCUUUUUAAAAACACCAAUGCCCAUAUUUGGACUCAGUAAUUUUUUUGUUUGUAAACAAGUAUCUCAUUUAGCAAAACAAGAGGGUAGGAUAGGUGGCCUUACUUACAUUUAAGCAAAAUUGUUGACCCUUUUGUAUUUGUUUAUGUGUUUAUGUCUUUGAUUGAAAAAAUGUUUCUUCUGACACUAAUGUAUUAGCGGAAUUGUAUCCAUUCUUUCAAAUAUUUUACCCAGGAUCUUUUUUUUCGGCUCAAAUAACUCUUUUGUCCAGAAAAUAAUACUCUAAUCAUUAUUUAGACUGUUCACUUUGAUUCAGCUGACUACACAUAACUAAAAUAUGUAAUUCCUACUUGAAGUUUGUAUUCUUAGUUCCGCUGCCAAAGAAAUGGACAUUUUUCAAUCUAUCCGGGUGUCAGAACAGAAAUUUUGACCUACAAAUUCUCAUAAAGUUAGAAACGAGUCUUCCCUAUUGCAGUUAAUUGCAUACAUAUUUGAUUUUCAACAUUUGUAUUGAAUCAUAAAUAUUGAUAGUAAUUUAUACAUUAACACUAUUUUAUCUACACAGAUUAUUAUAUAUAUGCUCGCUAUUUAUUGACGAUUGUCAGUACAACCCGCCCGAUUAGCUCAAUAGGGAGAGCGUAGAUCUACGGAUCGCGGGGCCGCGAGUUCGAUCCCCGGGCGGGCCGUAUGUUCUCCGUGACGAUUUGAUAAAAGACAUUGUGUCUGAAAUCAUUCGCCCUCCACCUCUGAUUCAUGUUUGGAUGUUGACCUUUACUUGCGGAGAACAGGUUUGUACUGGUACAGAAUCCAGGAACACUGGUUAGGUUAACUGCCUGCCGUUACAUAACUGAAAUACAUUGAAAAACGGCGUUAAACGACAAUAACCUAUGUCUGGGGGAUAAACUUUUCGGAGACAAGCCGGAUAAAUUAAAGCUCAGAAACACAAUAACCAAAUAUUCUAUACAUCCUGUGUUUUCAUUAAAAAUGAUUUUCAAGUUACUUAAACUUGCAUUUAAAGGUCCAUAAUGCUUUAAAUUUUUAUCUUAUAAACAAAUGAAACAGCUUCCCAAAUCGUGAUGUUAUGCGUACUUGCAUGGUUAGAAAAGCACCACUGUUAAUGUUAUAGUUAGAACAUUAAAGGGAGGUAAUAAAAACAAUAGAUUCAAUAAAACAUUCUAGUAUAUUCAGCAAUAUUCAAACCUUUGACAAAUGUUAAAGGAGGUAAUUAUCAGAAAUAAGAUUUAACAAGAAAUUAAUGUAUUUUAUGUCCAUAACGGACAACUAUUGUCUGCAGUAGAGGCACUACAAAAAUCACAGGAUGGUAUGAAAAAGUUGCUAGAAAUAAGAUUGAUAAGUUACGACAUGAAAUGAAAGCUUAUAUUGACACUAAAAUAAAAGCGUUACAGGAUGAUAUCUCCUUAGCCACUGGUAGAGAGGCUUCGAGAAUUGACGAGAGUGUGACUACAAUUCAGUCAUUGAAAGGCCGCAUCGAUACCAUGGAACAGAUUGAGCGAUAAAUGACCAGAGUGCAAACAACGGAACACGGUAACCAGGAUAAAACAGUGCAUGAUCAACGGUGGUACUGACCUAGCCAGUUGGAUGACUCGGACAUCUUCGUGAUAGCUAGUGGUGUGAAAUCGGAGCCAGGCGAAAACCUUGUUCAAAUGGCACAGGAAAUUAUUAAUUCGCUUUGGAAUGAUGUUACGUCACAGGUUGUCAUCACAGGCGCUAUAGGACUCGUAAAAAUAUCGUUUCGUUGUCUGAAAGAAAAAGAGCUUGUUCUAAGGAAUAAAAUGUCCUUGAAAAAUACGUUUGAUUACAAGGAAGUAUACCUUAAAAGAUGCAAAUCGCACGCUGAAAACUUAUUAAAUGCACGCAUUCUACUUUGACAAUUGCCGGACGGUGGCCGUAACCUCAGAUUAAAUGGAUGUGGACGUAUUAUUCAGCAGCGCGUUCAACGUGAAACCCCCUAGAACUGCAAUAGUGAUACAUGUAACUAGGAUUUACCCCGUCCCAGCGGUGCUAUAAGCUUAGCGCAUAUUAAUGAUUUGCGUGUCGCAAUAUCCAAGCUUUAGAGUCUGAUAUAAUUACUGUAUGCGAGACCCAUUUACGUGACCAGUAAGUUAUCAAUGUUUAUGGUUACAAAUGGUAUGGAUACAACAGAACAGAAAUUCAUCGCAAUACCCUUCCGGCGGCGUCGGAGUACUAGUCCAACAGUGUAUUACAUAAUCAUAUAACACAGAGUUUGUAGAUAGGUCGUUUGAAGGGAUACUAUGUCUUAAAUUUACUGAUCGCGCUACAGGCAUAGACUUUCUUGUAUAUUCACUGUUACUUACCCCCAGAGAAUUCCACAAGGGGCCGAGACGCUCAAACUUUUUACACACAUUUAUUAACACAGAUGUAUAGUUAUUAUGAUAUUGACAACGUUUUCAUUGGUACCAUUUGUGAUUGUGACACUAUUUCAACACGUCAUAUUCUUGAUAAAACUAUUAAUAAACACGGGCAUGAGUUCAUAGAUUUUCUCACUGAUGCGAAGUUAUGUGUUUUGAACGGCCGUUAUGAUCAUGGUAAUUGUACGUAUAGGGGCCUAUAUGUGCUCCGCAUGAUACAUUUACUAACUGUAAAACAUUUAAAAUGUAAACCGUACAAGAGAUCAAAGAUCAGCACGGUUUACAUGGUUUACAUCGAAACGGUCACGCUUACCGUUGGGAAUUAAGAAAUAUACCACAGGAUUUUAUGGACAGUGAAAGAGCAAAAUUAGCUAUUUUAAAUAUCAUUUCGUAAAUUGAAAACACACGUGAAAGACAAGAUAACAUUGCUUUAGUAAACCAGAACUUAUGUAACGUUAUUACAAGUAAAAUGGUCAACACUAUUCCUACUUGCAACAGCACUAACAGAUCAAAUAGCACAGCAAAUCAUUCUGGAAUAGCGAUUUACAAAACUCCUGAAAUACUAUGCGGACUAGGGAACGAGAGUUUCUUAUGUGUACUGGAAAUAACCGCAUGCGUUUUAAGCUUAGGAUGGAUUAUAUAGCUUCUAGGAAUGCAUUUGAUAAGUUGCUUUGACAGACGGAACGUACAUACAGACAAUGCAAAGAGAUUGAUAUUGAGGAAACCUAGACCCAAAAUCCAACAGAAUUCUGACGGAAAAUUCAACGCUCAGGUCUACGGAAAGAUAAGACAAUACCAAUAGAAAUUAUAGACAAUGGCAUUAUUAUACAAGAUGAAGAUGCUGUUUUUAACAAGUGGAAAAAAUGACUUUUAAACAAUAUAUAAAGUCUUGAAGACAAUAGCGAUUUUGAGGAUUUCGAUUACAACCGUGCAAAGGUACACAGACGCCUUCUCGAAGUGAAUAUUGAAGACCCGUUAUAUAUGCCAAAUGCAUAUUUAAAUGGAAACAUUAACGUCGCAGAAUUGUCACAAAUUAUCAUGCAUGCAAAACAAAAAAAAAAACAACAAACAAACAAACGGUUCAGCCUGUAGGAUAGAUAACAUACCCUACGAUAUGUUGAAAACCCUACAGUUAUUGCGGUGCUUAGGGAACUUUUCCAGCUGAUAUUUGAUUUUAGCAUAAUACUAUCAAUAUGGAGAAAGGCAAUUAUAUGUUCUAUACUAAAAGGUCAAAACUCAGACAAACGGAUACGGGAUAAACUUAUUAUCCUGUAUAAUUAAACUGUACAGUUCAUUCAUAGCAAAGCAAUUAACUAAGUACCUGGAAGAAAACGGACUUUUAGCAGAUGAGCAAAACGGAUUUAGGGCCAGUCGAUCGAAUGAGGACCAUAGUUUCGUAUUUAACUGCCAGGUUAAAAACAACUCGAACGUUUUUACAGCAUAUAUCGACCUGAAAAAAUGUUUUGAUUUUAUUGACAGAGAAAUGUUGCUAUAUAAGCUGUUACCACACAAAAGUAUUGGAAAAAAUGUAAAAUUCUACGAAGAACAUAUACGCUAGUUCCGUGUCAUGUGUUAGAAUAAAUAAUAAAAUGACAGACUGGUUCAACUGCUCAACUGGUGUAAAACAGGGGUGUAACCUUUCGCCAACAUUAUUUGUUAUAUUAGCCAGUAUGUACAAGAGGUCAACGAUCUUGACGUAGGAGUCACAAUAGAGGAAUCUAAAGUAUCUAUCCGUAGUGUUGAUAGCAGACACGGAAGAUAAGUUACAGACUAUAUUGAACACAUGUCACGAAUGGUGCAAACGCCUGAGGGUGAUUAUCAACACCGUAAAAUCAAAAUGUAUGCACUUCCGGCGAGGCAGAACACAACGAUCGAACAAUAUCUUUAAGAUAGGUGACAAUGUGCUUGAGACAGUUGGUCACUACAAAUACCUCGAGUGAUUUGCACUCUCUAAAGAAGCUGGUCGUGCAUUAGGAAAUCUAAUCAGUAAGAUCCACCAUCUCAAGGUGUUUGGCUUCAGGUCAUUUGAUAAACUAUUUAAUUCAUGUGUCGUACCUGUACUAGAUUAUGGUGCCUCAAUUUAGGGCGGAAAACAGUUUCAGUCUAUAGAUAAUGUUAAACAUCGGGCGUUAAGAUAUUUUAUGGGUGUUCAUCGUUUUACACCAGUCUUUGCUCUUUAUGGUGACAGUGGAUGGAUACCAAGUCUAUACAGAAAAUGGAGAUGUGUUUUACGCUAUUGGAACAGAUUUCUUGGGAUGAAUGACGAAAGACUGACUAAAUGUAUAUUCAAUUUGUAGAAAUAACUGGUCUAGUGAUGUGAAACAAAUGUUUGAAAAUUUACCGUAAAAAGUGCUAUAAAUAUAUCGAACGCUAAUACCAUGAAAAGAGAUUACUACGCUAGAAAGUGAUCAGCUGAUAUACAAAACGUGUCAAAGUUAAGACUUACAGUUGUUUAAAAGAGAUGUGUCAUGUGAAACCUGUUUGACAAUGAACUUAAGAAAGUGUGAGCGGUCAUUGUUAUGUCAAUUCAGGUGUGGUAUUGUAGAUAUAUAGGUGAACCAGUGAAUUUAAGACUAUGUAGAUUUUGCUAUUGAAUUCAGUGGAAGACUAGAGACACUUUUUGCUUGAGUUCGAGCUGUAUAAUGUAUUUCUUCCAAAUAUAUUUGGAGAUAUCUUGCUAAAUGAUAAUUACAAUCGUUUAACAUCUGAAAACAAAAUGUCGUUUCUAUUAAAUUAUUACCCAAGGAAAACAGCGAAGUAUAUUGUUAAAGCAUAUCUCCAUAGAUGCGGUAUUAUGUAUAACUUAUAACUGCUUAAGGAUAUUGAUUAUGGAUAUAUGAUAACUAUACAGUUCAUAAUAAUACUUUUCGCUGUAUGACACUCAUUUAAGAUGUAUGUUUUUGAAUGGUCAUAUAUUGUAUUUAUUGUCGUAUUACUGUAUAACUGUUUGACAUAAACAUUGCCCUAUGAUAAAACAUGAUUCAAACCCGCAAGUUAUAACUAGAUUGUAUUGUGUCACGGUAUAGAACUUGAAUAUUAAAACGGGGAGAAAGUCUGUAGGCGGCCGGGUAGCUCAGUCGGUAGAGCAUCGGAAGGGUAUCCCGAGGCCCCGGGUUCGAGUCCCGGUCUGGCUGCACAUUUUUCUCACCCUGUGACUUUUGGCGCCCAACGUAGAACCGUGACGGCAUUACACUGGUUAGUCUCCGACGCCUGUAAUUGCUCAUAUAGAAAGUACCCGCUGAAAUUCGAGGACGAAUUUCAAAGUGAUGGGGAAAUAUGUCACGGUAUAGAACUUGAAUGUUAAAACGGGGAGAAAAUGUGCAGCCAGACCGGGACUCGAACCCGGGGCCUCGGAAUACCGUUUGCACAUUUUUUCUCACUCUUUGGCAAUUGCACUUUGUAUUUCAAUAUUGGUAUUCUAUUUGACCACAUAUCGGUAUGUUUCUGUUAUAACAUGACUUCUCUGAUAUAUAUAUAUAUUUGAUUUGUAUGCCAUUUGUACAUACUCACAUACAUAUACAUGUUUGUCAUAUCUAUUUAUUUGCAUAUAUAUCAUUUUCUUGAUUACGAUUAAAUUUAAUAUAUAAGGUGACUUAUAGGUCCACUGGGCCGGGUGCUUUUAAAUACAUGUUUAUUGUAUAAAUUGUUCUAAUUACGAAUGCACAUGUCACUAUAAUAAACAAUUUCUUAUCUUUCUUAUUUUACUAUAUAAUUAUUGUAGGACUUGGAAAUUUAAGGUCAAUUGUGAAAAGACAGAAGUCAUGGUUUUUAGAAAAGAUGGAGUUAUUUGUCAUAUUAUCUAUGUUAGCCUGGGAAGCCGUUGAUAAUUCGUGCUUUGUUAGUGGAAAUCAUACCUCAUAUGCAUUAAAGUCAAGUCAAGUCAAAUAUUUUAUUGGCAUAAACACAUAUAUGUCCAUCGCCAAAUAACUUUGCGGCGGUUUAUACGUUUAUCUACAGUUAAAUAAUUACAAUAAUAAUAAUUAAAGUAUUACAAGAACAGAAAAGUGUAGUGUAAACAAUUUCCAUGAUAACAUAUCUCUAUGACAUAAAUUUAACAUACAUAAACAGAACAUCAAAGACAUAAUUAUAAUUAGCUAAUUUCAUUUCUUUUUUGAGUCGCCAUGUAUAUAUACUUUGCUAAAUUAACAAUUACAUUUCUCUGUGUAGAUUUCAUUAUUGUUUUAAAUUUGUUGAUAUUAGGCCAAGAACAAUAAUAUCUAGGUAAACAUGUUUUUCUCAAAUCAUUAUAAAAUGGGCACACUAAUAAAAAAUGAUACUCUGUUUCAACUUGAUUCGUAUUACAUUUAGUACAAACACGUUGGCUUCUUUCAAUAUUUCUAAACCUCCCCUCUUCGAUAGCUAAUUUAUGUGGGGAACACCUAAACCUUGAUAAUGCUAUACAAUGUUUCACAUUAUUAACACAAACUAGAUAUUUUUCUAGAGAAAAUUCCUGUUUAAAUAAAUUGAAACAUUCCAAUUAAGAGAAGGUACUAAGUUCUGCACACCAUUGUUGCAAUUGUUGAUCAUAUAUUCUUUGUUCAAUAUUUAAGACAUGUGUAUUUGUAACAUUUUCAGUAUCCCACAAAUAUAAAAAACCUAAAUCUGACAACAAAUUUUUAACAUUUUUUGACCAAUCAUUCAACAGAUUUCCAUUUGCAUCUCUUAAAAACAUCAGUCUAUAUAUUAAAGAUCCCACUAAAUUUGCGCUAAUUAGUGUUAAUUGGCAUUCACUGAGUUUCUGAUAUUAUCAAUGUCAAUUUGCAGAUAGAAAAGAAAAAGAAAUUGUCAGACUGGAUUCCCAGGCUAAUCAUAUGAAUAUGUAUUACAUAAUUAUAUGUAUAGGUAUAUGUAGAAUGCAUGAGUGUAAUUUUCUUCGUAAUCUUUGUAAUUAUAUAUUGAUAUGUGUCACAUCUGUAUAUGUAUAGAUAUGGGUUUGUUAUUGCUUUCAUGUAUGUAAAUUUAUUUAUUAUAUACUGAUUACAAAUUCUAAUUUUUACUCUCUUUAUACUGUCAGUAAGAGUUACAGUGUUUUGAUAAUGUCAGAAAUAUCUAUGAGUUUUUUUCACGCAAACUAAAAUAAUACUGAAGUUCAGGUAAAUCGAACACUUCUGGAGUAGUUACUGCUACGAGUGUCAAAUUUGUAACAAUUGACAGUUAAGUAUUUAGUGAAAGCAUUUUUUUUAUGUCAGUGGACAGAAAUUUCACAUAUUUAUUUUUGACCUUCCAAAACAGAAUUUAAAAUUCUAAUUUAAAAUGUUUGCAUAGUAUGAUGUCCACAACUGCAUUACUAUAUCAUGUAUUAUGUAAAUUGUAUGUCAUCAUGAGUUUUGUAACUUAUAUGAAUGUAAUAAUGUUAUCUUAUCUGAUCUUUAAAUGAAUUUUGAUCGAGAAUGUUAAUAUUUUGGUCUAAAACGUAUCGACAUACACGAUACCUUUGUCAAUAUGUAUCCGUCUAAUCUACAUACGUGUAAAAGUCAGCAUUUCGAAAUGGACAAAAAGCUGCGAACAUGCUUAGAAUAUGCCGCGAACAUACCCACUCUGGGAUAUUCGCCGCUAGCCGCGAACAUGCUGCCAUUGAUUUGACACUAGUUCGCGGGAUAUUCGCCGUAAAAUCAAUGAUUGCGGUUUAUUCGUCAAAACAACAUAAAAGAUUGUAAUCUUUUGGUAAACUGUCCAUGAAGAACUUUGAAUCCAGCAGGUCGAUUGUAGAUCAAUUAAUUUGUAACAUUAUCUGUAAGGUCACAGUAUGAGUCUGAAUAAGUUAAUUACAACGAAUUGUUUUGGACUAUAUUUUGAUGUAUUAUGUAUGCAUUACAGACAUAUAUGUUUGAUAGGAAUGAAGUCUUACUUGCUUUAUGAUCAUAAUUCUUUUCGUUUGUUUUGCACUAUUUCUGUACAAGCUAGCUUGUUGGCAAUAUAUGACUAGAUUUAUGCUUGGUAAUCAUGGUUCUUAUCUUGUUCGCGGCAUGUUCGAAGCAACCUGUUCAUUACAAGUUCGAAGCAACUUGUUUAUAAAAUGAUCGCAGCAACUUGUUUGCCGGAAGUUUGCAGAAACUUUUUCGCGGCAAAUCUAAUUUGCCUGUGAACACCAAAUGGACAUCCCGCGGUCAAACUGUGUCUAUUUUUAAGUGUUCGCUGCAUGUUCGCCAGAUAUUUGCGGCAUGAUCGCGACAAGUGUUCGCGGCAAACUAUAAUAUUUCCGUAACGGAGUGUAGCGGCUUUUGAAGGAUUUUUCAUUUGCUAAUAAAAUAGAGACGGACAUGAGCUAUUUAUUUUGCACUUUCAACAAUAUUUUUAUAUAUCUCAUCAAUUUUGUUAUCUUAGUCCAUUAUAUCGAUGUGUGUAAAUUUCAAAUUAUUGUUUUUAUCAAAUGUGUUCGAAACGUUUUUAUUUAAAGUACAUGCAUAAUAAUAUAUAAAACUUAGGUUAUUAGAAAUGAGCGCGUGCAAGACAAAAUUUGCUGAUUUUAAUUACACAAUAACCGGCUAGAGUCCUGCGAAACUGCUUGUUUUUAAAGUGUCCUAAGACUUUUAUACUGUUUAUAAUAUGGAUGCCAUUGUUUUGAACAUAAAAUUAAGUUCAUGUACAAUAUUGAAAGCAGUACUUUUCUUACCAUAUAAUUAUGCACCUUUUGUAUCUGAAAAUCAUUAUGAAUUUAAGCUAACUGCCUAGCAGGGGCAGCUGACUGCUCGAUUCCGAGUCGGACGCGAUGAUUUGUGCAGUCUUCGGAUUCUGAUUUGCAAACAUAAAGUAAAAAUCCAUAAUUAUUGUAUUUCCGGCAUUGAAUUGUAUUUUUAAUUAAGAAAUAAUAUAUAGCAGGCUUGCGGAAUAAUUCACGAGGCUGUAGCCUGUGUGAAUUAAACACGCUGCGUCUAUUCGUAUUGUUAAGAUAUGUUCAAACAUGGUUCUGCUAAAUAUUAGUUCGACUCUAAUAUUUCUUUUUUGUAAGCAAACAGAUGAAACAGGGAAGCGCAUAUAUGGCGCCAAAUAUAAAAUUGCAUUUUUGGGGAAAAUGACACCUUCAAGGGCAGAUAAUUGUUAUUUACUUAAACUUAGCCACCAACUAGGUAUGUGCAUUUUACAUAAAAUUAAUACGCAUUUAAUGUACAUUGUAUGUUAUUAAUGCAUGUAUUUUUUAAUUUGAAUUGAAACAGCUACAUUAUAAAACUAAGACCUUAUGUUUUGUAAUUUACUUCUAUGUACUAAUAAACAUAACAAAUUUGC